CGUCACUGGCUCCGGCGGAUGGUUCCGGGUGGGAUCACUCUGCUUCCCGCUCUGUGUCACAGUGAAGGGGUUCCGAGGAGAAAAUAAAUCAGAUUCGGUGUUGGAGUGCCGUCUCUCCGGGGGUGUUAUGAGUUUAUCAAACCUCGCCGGGUUGGACCCAGGCGCUAAGUGCCAGCUGCCGGCCAUCGUAAAGGAGGAUUGUGUGUACACCAGCUGUUACUGUGAAGAAAAUGUAUGGAAGCUUUGUGAACAUAUAAAGAACAAAAGGCAGCAUCCUUUGGAAGAAUGGUAUGCUGUCUUCAUAUCAAAUGAUCAAAAGAUGGUGCCCGUAUGGAGACAGAGAUCUUGCCAUGAAGAUCAGCCUGUAAUCUGGGAUUACCAUGUUAUCCUGCUCCAUGAUUGUGGGGGACAGCAUUGUGAGGUCUAUGAUUUGGAUUCAACACUACCGUUUCCGUGUUCUUUUGAUAUUUACGUGAAAGAAGCCUUCCGAUCUGAAGACCUCAUCAGACCGGUUUUUAGAAGGAAAAUGAGAGUUCUCAGAGCAGAUCUGUACCUGAAGACAUUUGCUUCAGAUCGAUCUCAUAUGAAAGAUGCUCACGGAAUGUGGCGUAUGACUCCUCCACCAUAUCCAUGUAUUCAAACUGCAGAGGCAAAAAUGAACCUGGAUGACUUCAUCAGUAUGAACCUUGCUGUCGGAUGGGGCGAUGUUUAUACCUUCACAGAAUUUGUGCAACAGUUUGGAAGUACAAAGCAAUGAUAUUUGGAAUAAAAAAAAUCUCAAUGGUUCCAGUCUCAGCCCUUGGUCUGCAUGAUUUGUAGGAAAUAUAUUAGAGGGAUAUAAUUAAUUUGGCAGGAAGUAUUUUGAGUAUUGAACAAAAAUGGGCAUUUAAAAAACAUCUGAGGCAGCAGGGAUACAGCGGUUAAAGAAACUAUAAUUCAAGCUAUAGCCAUUGGAAUGUGAUUUGCAAAGAAACCAUUAAAUUGCAGAUAUUGCUGAAGAAUGAACUCUAAGCAUUAAAUGAACACACAGUAAUGAACUGUUUCCUACAGUCAUUUACUAUACCUUUGCCCAUUGAAACUAAUGCAGACUGUCCCUUCGUGCAAUAGUAUCACAAGGAAAGGACCAAUCCUAUUCGUUCAGUGUGAAAACCUCCAAGUCUUGUUGUUCCACAAUGUAAAAUAAUUCAAUAAAAUGUAACCUUUUAACACUU